AUGUUUACACCGGAAAAAAGUUUUGUGCUUAUUCCUGACCCUGACCUUGGAAACCCCCUACGAAGACCUGUCAUCAGUGUCAUCAGGCAAAACAGGAAACAUGGAAGAACACUCAGGUGGACGCGAAAUAACUAAUGAUGUUUCAAAGGAAAAUAUGAAUGAGAGAUUUCACAAGCAGCUCACCGAUGUUUCCCAGUACUCUCUGUCAGGCCUGUGUGCUGUGUCCCUUGUACAACUGUUCCAGGAGGAAUGCCACACAGAUUUCAAGAUGAAGGCUCUUGAGAAGAUCCUUCUAGACUUGGGACAAUCAAAACAGACCAAUGACUCUAUGAUAGCCCUGCUAGAUGGAGAGAUUAUUGACAACACAGACACGUUCGUGGACAACCUUUUGAAGGAUCCGGAACUUAAGCAGAGUCGCCUGCCCCUGGUUAGGGACCUACUAUGCAUUUCUAUAGCACAAGGCACCUAUGACGCAAGGAUGAGAACACUGAUCAGACAUGUUGCUUGGCAACUACGUGUUUCUGAUGAAGAGUUACAAGACUUGGAAUCUGACCUUGCAGAAAGCCUUGAGUAUGAAGUGUAUGUCAUGACAGAAGAAGAACAAAAAGAAAAAGAAAAAAAGGCCAGGAAGAGGAAGAUAAAACGCUAUGCUUUGAUUGGUCUGGCAACAGUUGGGGGCGGGGCUCUUAUUGGUCUCACAGGUGGACUGGCUGCCCCACUGGUAGCAGCCGGUGCAGGGGCAAUCAUAGGGGGAGCAGGGGCUGCAGUCCUGGGGUCAACUGCUGGGGUCGCAAUCAUAGGCUCCCUGUUUGGGGUCGCAGGGGCUGGAUUGACAGGUUACAAGAUGAAGAAGCGAGUUGGGGCGAUAGAGGAGUUUGCCUUCGAGCCCUUGACAUUGCUAGGCAGCAAGUAUGACCCAACCAGGACCGUGAAGCAGCUUAACAUCACCAUAGCCGUCACUGGCUGGUUGAACGAGAAGGUCCAAGAUUUCCGUAUUCCCUGGUCAUGCCUGAUUGAGUCCAAGGAGCAGUACAGCCUGCGCUGGGAGACCAAGUACGUGCGGCAGAUGGGAGAGGCCAUGGACUACCUAAUGUCUAUAGGCAUCAACAUGGCCACCACAGAGGCCUUGAAAUACACCAUUCUCUCUGGCCUUAUCACAGCUGUCGCCUGGCCCUCCGCUCUUCUAUCGGCAUCUGCAACCAUCGAUAAUCCCUGGCACGUGUGCACGAGCCGGGCCACACAGACUGGGAAACAGCUGGCAGAGGUUCUUCUGGCGAGGGAACAGGGGAACCGGCCUGUAACUCUGAUUGGCUUCAGUCUAGGGGCGAGAGUCAUCUUCUCUUGUCUUGAAGAGCUCUCCAAACGGACAGGAGGUGAGGGUCUGGUGGAGGAAGUGAUUCUACUGGGUGCUCCUGUGUCGGGAGAUGUGAAACUAUGGAAACCACUGGAGAGGAUCGUGUCCGGCAAGAUUGUCAACGGCUAUUCCAGGAGUGACUGGUUGUUAAAGUUCCUGUUUCGAACUGCCUCAGUGACUUUUAAUGUGGCGGGACUGUCACCAGUCAAGUGGGACAAUAGGCGAAUGCACAAUAUUGACCUGAGUGAAGUGAUUGAUGGACAUGGCGAUUACUUAAAGAAGUUGAAUGAAGUCAUGAGAGCUGUUGGCCUCAAAACAAAAGACCAACUGGAGUCAGCAUUUGAGAACUUCUCAUUGACCUCGAAGAAAAAAUCACCAUCACCUUCAAAAUCUCCACCGAAUUCUUCUUCUGCUGAUCUCAUUGCUGGAGAGACCAGAAAUGACCUGAAAGUAAAUAAUGAAGCAAAAGGUGAUACAUUGGAGAAAAGUUCAUCAGAAAAUUCCAUUGAAAAUGGAAGCAUAGAAACUGCAGAGGAAGUUGUGGAAAAUAACAAUGUUAAGAAGGGUGACGACACUGAUGUAGGUAGUAAUGUUGGUGAUUGUUCACCAGUCCCUUCAAAACGCAAAUUUAAUGACAUAAAGACCAUUGCUAGAAAGGUUGGUGAGAAGAUAAGGCCACCGAAGCCAGAGUCCAGGGUUUGUUUCGGGGCUGAUGAUGAAAGCGUGAAGAUUUCAGAUGAGGAGAGGCUUCAACAGAAGAAUGUUAGACACAAAAAAGCAGCUGCAAUGACAGAGGACGAUGAAUUUUGCAGUUUUACGGAUUCUGACCCACCAACUGAUGAUGAUGACAGCGAGAAAUGGGAAGAGAAAGAAGUGAAAGCGUGAUACGUCCUACGUAUCUGCUAAAAGCUUUUACUUAAGAGUGAUUUUACUAAAAUUACAGUAAACAUUCAAAUCUAUAUGAAUAUACAUGACCGAUAUGGAAGGUUAAGUGAUGCUGAUGAAGUAAUUUAAUUAUUUUUUUAAAGAGUGAUGGUGGGAUUGAAAUUUAACCCUUUGCAUGCUGGGCAAUUUGUCUUCUGCGAAAAUGUCGUCUGCUGAAUUUCUAAAAUUAGCAUUUUCUCCGAUUUUUUUUUUUUAAAGAAUACUAUCAGAAUAGCAAACAGUUUGGAUCCUCAUGAGACGCCACGUUCUGUGGCGUCUCAUCUGGAUCCAAAUUGUUCUCAAAGGCCUUCAAAAUUCGGUUCCCGCACUGAAAGGGUUAAGGAUCUAUAGAUAACAAUAUAAUGGUUGUCUGUUUGAUUCCAUUUCAAUAUUAAAUUCAAUUAUUUACCACGCUGUAUGGAUUCGCACAUUUGUGUGCUAUCCAGUUUUGUUUAAUUAUUGUAUAAUGUUAGGGUACAUUUGUAUUUUAUUUACAAUAUACUCUCUAUGCAACAUUUAAUGUCUGUGAUGUGCUGUUAUAUUCUACAACCAUAUUACAUUUACCACCGAAUAACUCAGGCUAAUAGAGUAGAAAUUAUUUAUUUUCUUAACCUUCUAGUGACUGAUGCAGGUCAACUGCCAACUUAUAGUCAAAGAAAGGAAUGAAUUAUUACUUUACAUGAUUGAAGUUUUAAGUCACAAGUGUUAAUCAUAUUGCUUUAAAUAUAAAUUAUGUAUAUGCUUUUUAUAAGUGUGCAUUUAUUUUUCAAGAAUAUGCUCUUGAAAUUACCAUACUAACAAUAUGUGUUCAUGACUGUGAGAAUUCAUUUUACAUGUUUUAAAUUUCUUUUGGUGCUGUUAUUGUCAUGUGUUGGUAUUUUAUUUGACAAAAAUUUACUUUUUUGCUGCAUUUAUGUCUUUUGCAUCUGCUACUGGAGGUUUCUUUAUUCAAAGAAAAGGCUAGCUAGUGUGCUAUCCGUGCAUUUUUUCCCGAACUACCAGUAUGUUUAAGUUUUCUGUUAAGCUAAUUUCUCACUAUGGCUAAAGGGAUUUCACUUUAAUUCAAAACAUGAGCUCUCCAUAUUAAAAUGACUCAAUAUGCUGAGUUUAGAAAAAUUAGGGCCAUUUUAAAUUUGCAUUUGAAUAAACGUUAUAUAGGGAGGUUCUAGUCUUUCUGUAAGCUAAUUUCUCAUGAGUUGCUUGAAGGAUUUCAUGCAAACAUAAAACCGAUAUUUCCCAAAUUAAAAUCACACCAUAGUCCAAGUUAGGUAACUGUAGUUAUUAACUCUAGUUGACUUAAAUGUUUGCAUAUUAGCAAAAUAGGCUGUUUUAAGUUUUACGGUUAGUGUGUCAGGAAUGGCUUAAGGGAUAUCAUUCAUGCUUAAAAGAUAUAAUCACCAUACUUAAACGACCUCAUAGGCAUAUUUUGGCAACUCUAGUUUGAAAUCUGCCAUUAUUAACUAAAAGGACCUGUUUAGACUUUGAAUUUUACAUACAAGCUAUAAAGAUAGAUAAUUUCCAACGAAUUUCAUAUAAAGAAACUUUGUAUCAAGACAACUCCAUGGGAAUACAAAUGGUGUUUGGAAGGGUCAAGUUCCCUGUUAUUACAAAAAACAAAAUAAAUUUCACUUAAUUUCUUGAUUAGUUUAAACCUAUUUAUUUUAGCUGAUUACAUGUAAAGCCCCGCGCUUAUUUAAAUGUUAUCGAGUCCUUUUCCUGGGCCUCAAACCAGUACUUGAUGUCUUUUGGGGAGAUGUAAAGAACGCUCCUGCAGUUGGACUCAGACCCGUAACCUCCCGGACGCUAGGCAGACACCAUAUCCAUUACAAUGAAACUUAAUGAAUUAAUACACAUAUACAGACCAAGCCCUGAAUUGCGCAUCGGGUAAGUCAUGGAGUCAAUGUCAUGUUAAGUAAACAUAGAAAAUAUAACACAUAUACAGACCAAGCGCUAAAUUGCUCAUGGGGUUAGUCAUGGAGUCAAUGUCAAGGUCAUGUUAAGUAAACAUAGAAAAUGUUAUCAAUAAAGUUAUACAACUAAAUAAUUUAUUAUUAUGUUAGGACCUUAUAUUUCCUAUUAGGGUUAUAUGUGAUGUGCAUGAGAUCAUUAAAGCUAAAAAAGGAUUCUGGAACUCACAAAUUGAGCUAUUUUCAAAAUCAAGGUGUAUGUUUUUGUUGGAUAUAUUGCAUAUUAGAAAAUUAAUAAAUUACAUCAUUAUUUAAAUAUCUUACCUACUAUACAAAAAGUUUGGUUUAGAAAAUGGUCAUAAACUCUGAUAAGAAAAAUAAAAUUGAGCGCCCUUCCCGCCAAUAGCUCUUGUUCCUUGAAUAGCAUCAUGACAGAUUUCUUCUAAUGACUCACUUUUAGUAGUAGAAACCAAGAUUUUUUAUUGAUCUGUGCAAUAUUUUUUGGAUAAAUAUCUAAAAAUGUAAUGCAGGCAAACAUGGAUAAAAAUAUGUUGUGUUUUGUAAAAGAUAUUGACUGUUAGAAUUGUCUCAAAGAAUAUGUAUUAUGGCCUUUACUGAUAUGAUUUUUGUGUGAUUUUCAUGACUAUAGCAUAAACAUCAAUUUUCAGUCUAGAACAUUUGUUGAUAAUAUACCUUUUAAAAUCUUAACAAAAUCAAUGAAAUCCAAGUCAAAGGCAAAGCGGUAGUUGCCCCUUGGCCACUUAUGUUUUGUGAUUUACCCUGGUUUUCUUGAGGAACUGUAAAGAGCAUAAAAAUGCAGGAAUUAAACAACUGAUUUUAAUGUCUUGCCUUAUCUCCUACUACACAAGAAUACAAAAAAAUGAAACAUUUUAUUUAAUGCUUUCCGGUGGUUUAUAGAGAAAUAUUAGUGAAUUAAAACUGAUAAUUUCACUGCUUCAAACAGGGAAAAUUGUAAGUGAGAAUUAUCGAUAAUUUUCAUUGUUUACUGUGAAAUGACGUCAUUUUUUGACGAAAUGACGUCAUUAUCCCAGCAAAAUUCUUUAGUUAAACUCUUGAACAAUGUAUAUAAACUGUGAAAAAUGCAUUAAAUAAAAUGGAAAUUUGUUGGAUUCGGUGGAUUAUCGAUUUUAAUUCACUCGUGAGCAUAGAAAAAAUAUAUUUUCAAUCAUAGCAUAUCCUCUAUAUCAUUGAAUGAUUACAUUCAAGUGUGUAAAGGUAUUCUGUUUACAAUUUACUCUAGCUCGAUUGCAUCAACAGCCUAGCGCUUAUUGAAACGCUCUCGAGUUUCAUGGAAAUUAAAGCUGUGAUUCGCAAUAAGUCAGUUUCUAAAGUCUGUUUGGGCAUUAUUGUCAGAUUGAUGGCUUGUUUAAUGAUUAUUUAUAAUGAUUUUUAAUAUACAUGUACAUAUGGUACAUGUUCAUUAUAUUGCCUAUGUCUUUACACCACUCCUCACAAUUUAAAAUGAUGUUGUUUUGGACUAUACCUGCCUAACGUGGGUGUUCAUAUAAUAUGCCCCGUUUUUUAAAUGACACAAUUAUUUUAAUUUAAUUUUAUUAAUAUACUAAAAAGCCGAAGAUCUGGUAUCAUGACAUUACCAUGUUUCUUGUUGUCUCCAUUAUUUUGUGUGCCAGUAUUACAAAUGAGCUUCACAGAGCAUUGUAACCCAGACCUUACAACAGCAUAUUUUGUGACCUGGCAGUCUUGUUUUGUGUUGUGUAGGCAUGUUAAUUGAAAAUAUAACUAUUGAUUUGAUGUAUUGACUAUGCAAAUACAAUAUUAUAAUGGUGCUAUAUAAAGGCAAAUAUUUGUGUAUGUUGUGUUGUUUAAAUUCACAGCAUAAAAUCCAGAGUAGAUUUUUUUUUCAAAUAAUAGAUUUAAAUAGAUUUAAAAAUAUGCAAUACUUUUAAAUCAAUUAUUUCUCUGUGGUAUCAACAUAAUCACCUAUACGUUGUCACAGUAAUGGAAAAUGUACACUAUUUUAUCACAGUUUUGUCUUUGUUAAGAUGCCUUAUUAUACACACUUAAUGCUACUCUCAGUUAAUGCGUUUAUUUUACAAUCAAUGAUUCAUGUUGUUAACAGCUAAUACAAUGUUAAUUUUCA